GAUUGUAAAACCUUUUUAUGGGUGUCAUUUUUUUCUAUUUAGGAAGGUAACAGCAAGCCUAGUGAUAAAGAAAUUAAGUUGUAGCCAAGCUCAAAGGGUGUGAAAAAGACGCACAGGAAAGGCUCCCUAAGUUUACCUGGAGGAGGUAAAGCCACAGGCUCUGGCCAGGCAGCUGUACAAGCUCAGCUCAAACUGCCUGAGAAGAAAGAGACUCAUGGUCUGAUCAAAGCCAAGCCCCAAACCCCUGCCCAGGCAGAAACGCCUGCUGCUGGGAGACCCCAGACCUCUCCCCCAGGAGACAAGAGCCUCCUCAAGUCCAACCAGGCAGCUGAUACUGGAAGACAAGUACAGGCAGCAGCAGCAUCAACAGCACUGAACGUUGCUGCUUCCAAGUCUGGAGAAAGUAAAUCACAGGAGAUGAAGAGUAAAGCCACGGAGAAAGUGGAGUUCACCGAAGCAGCGAAGGAUGGCAAAGAAGAUCAGCCGCUUUCCAAGCGGGAGGCUGUUAAAUUGAAGUACAGGAAGAACACGGGGGAAUUCAACCCGAGUAAAACCUGCACACCGCUAGAUAAUCCGGGCCAACAAGCUGCUGGAACUGCAAAGCUCAUGAAUGCUGCCACUGCAGAUAAUGUUCAGAACACAGUUUUUGUGAAGGUCAUGGAGAACCAGUUACUUAAACCACCUUUGACUGAUGGUCCAGCUCUCAGGCAUAUGCAGAGCUGUCCUGUCUCCCUGCAGAGAUGACAGUCCUCCACAACCUGCCUCGUUUGCACAUCGCUUUGUGGCUCUGAGGCCAGCCUUGCCCUCCACUUUCUUCAACAUCAACACCAAGGAGGUACUGGGAGGCGGAAGGUUUGGCCAGGUGCACAGGUGCACAGAGAAAACCUCCGGAUUAAAGCUUGCUGCUAAAAUCAUCAAAGUCCGAAAUCCCAGAGAAAAGGAAGUGGUGCGUAAUGAGGUGCAGGUGAUGAACCAGCUGAGCCAUGCCAAUGUGAUCCAGCUGUACGACGCCUUCGAGGGCAAGAACGAAGUGGUGCUCGUCAUGGAGUAUGUGGACGGAGGAGAGCUCUUUGAGAGGAUUAUUGAUGAUAACUACCACCUGACAGAGGUGGACGCCAUGGUCUUUGUGAAGCAAAUCUGUGAGGGAAUCCACUACAUGCACCAGAUGUAUGUCCUGCACUUAGACUUGAAGCCUGAGAAUAUCCUGUGUGUGAACCGGACAGGUCACCAGGUGAAAAUCAUUGACUUUGGGCUGGCCAGGAGGCACAAGCCCAGAGAGAAGCUGAGGGUCUCUUUUGGGAUCCCCGAGUUCCUGGCUCCCGAGAUUGUGAACUUUGAUUUUGUGUCUUUCCCGACGGACAUGUGGUUGCUUGGUGUCAUUUCAUAUAUGCUGUUGAGUGGCCUCUCCCCGUUCCUCAGAGACGAUGACAGUCAGACCCUUAGCAACGUGCUGGCUGUUAACUGGUACUUCGACGAGGAAGCCUUCGAACAUGUCUCAGAGGAGGGACGGGACUUCAUCUCCAACCUGCUCAUCAAGGAGAAGAGCGAGCGUCACAGUGCAGCACAGUGUCUGAAGCAUCCCUGGUUAAACAAUAUAGGACAGAAAGCCAUGCACAGCAACAUCUGCCUCAAAUCACAGAUCUUGCUCAGGAAGUACAUGGCUAGGAGGCUCUGGAAGGUACAGUAUAUGUGUGCUUUCUGAGUGGGUUACAUUGGCAAGGCUAUUGUAUAGGAACCACUCUGAAAACUGCAGUGAACAUUUAUGAAUUGCCACAUGGGUUCCUAUUGACUUAUAUUAAAUCCCUUCGAAAAGCUGACCAUGCUGUAAAGUAUUUACCAAACUGUCUGUGCUUUUACCUGCCAGCUUAAUGUAGGACUUCACAGUUACUCUUUCAACAAGAAGUUACUCUACAGAAAGCCUACCCUGGGAUAACUAAUUCAUCCUGAAAAAGUCAGUUGAAAGCCGCUAGCUUUCCUUGAGCAGCUGUACGCAGCUCACAGCUCGUUCUUAGCCAUUAUUUUAAGCAGCAUUGUUUUUGAAGACUGCUAUACUAAAUCACAUAGAUGCUGAUGUUUUAGAGGCCUAAUGCUUUUCAGAAAGCAUUUUCACAAUGUUCACGCUUCUUUGAUUGUCUCAGCCUGUGGCUCCGGGUUCACGGAGAGCAAUUGAUUGUUAAUUUCCAUUAGCCGAACCUGCAUUUAAAACAGUGGAGGCUCCUUCAAUAGCAACUUAUGGCUGGGAGCUACGAGUAGCCCGUUUCAUCACAGUGCUUCUUAUUCUUCAUUGAGCCUAGCAUUGAGUCAAUUGAAAGCAUGGAAUACUGUGAUUUUAUUGUUGGCUUUUGAUAAUCAUAUUGCAUCUUUUAACAUGGGGAUUGGAGUUUUAUUAUCAUACAAAAUUGUGGGCUUUCUUUGUUUAUUUGUACCUAAUUCCUACUGCAAUAAACUAGUAUUUAGUUAUACAUUAAUUAGAAAAAACUUUUAAAACAGAUUCAGCUUUAAAAACGAUUAUAUUCUCAUCUUCAAAAAGCUGUGGACAUUUCUUAUAAUUUACUAAUGUACCGGUGUUCAGGAAGAGACACUCACAAGACACAACUGUUCUUUUCUCAUAAGGAAUGUAAUAUGAAAUGUGGGGGAAGGAUCAUCACUUCUUGUUUAUAUACACGAGUACAAGGACAGUAUUAGAAUCAUCCUCUUUAAUGUGGAUAUUGCACAUGUUGUUAAGAAUGUACAUAUUUCACGCUAAAAAAAAAAACAUAGUUUUGCAAAGCAAACUGGACCUGUGUCGUACCAUUCAUAUCUAUCAACUGUAAACCACUAGCCUUUCCUACUUGGCAAACUAAAAGAUUUAUUUUAAUAUAAUCAUAAAGCUCCCUUUUAAUACAAUGCUCUUCGUUGCUCAAUGAACUUGUUACCACCAGAGGGACAUUUUAUAAAUACUAACGUAUCAAAGCAAUAUCAUCAGCCCCAAUCCAUCUAGCCACAUGGUAUCAUUACACUACAGUACAGUUUACCAUGGUUUACACAAUAGCUUCACAAUUGGUGUAACAGUCAGCUGACAUGUAGUAAACGUUACUACAAAGUCCUGUUGUUGGUGAGAGGAUUAGUAUACAGAGCCCCCUUGAUUUGUCAUGAUUCAAUAGUUCACUGUUUAGCCAUAUUGACACUAAAUAGAGUGCUGUACUUUACUGUACUGUAUAUAGGUAAGCGCUCUUCACUAACUCCCUGUAUAUUCUCAGUCAGAUAGUGAAAAGAGGGAGCCCUGUAUAUAGGUCACAUUUUAGAUCUGAAAAUACAAAUUGUAACAUGUUUUUUCUUUGAAUGCACUGAUUUUUUCGUAGUGUAAUAUUACUGUUUUUUUUUUAAUCUUUUCUGGACCAAACCAACUGGGCCUUCACUUUGCUUGGGAGCCCUAGAUCAUAAAACCAAUAGACAUCAAACCCAAAAAUCUCUUCUGCUACAAGUUGUUACCCCCCAGCCUGUCCCUCUGCAUCAGUGGGGUGACCCGUUUUAAACAAAUUAAUUGUCUCACCCCACCACCAUGGCACCGGCAAGUGGAAGGUCAACGAAACCUGCAAGCUAUCAGAGGAAUUGCUCACCUCCCUGUUUUUGAAGCUGUAGAUGAUGGGAUUGAUGCAGGGGGGCACUGUUAUCAAUACCAGCAGUAUAAAAUGAAGCCCGGUCGUGGCAGUCUGUGCUCUCAUCGCUUCAGGGUCCAGCUCCAACAGAAAGUCUGUGAUGGACCUCAGCCAAUACGAGAUAACCUGCAGGACAAACAUGGCCCUGUAGAAAAUGCCAGUGUUGUGCGCCCUCCCGUUGGUGCGACUGAAAGGUUCCACAGUGUUCCUGGUUUCCCGGUACACCUUGAAGGAGGAAAGGACGUAUGCAGUGAGUGACAUCACAACAGACGCGAGGCCCCAGGCUUUUCUGAAGGCCGUCGCUGCUGGGGGGAACCCCAUCUGCUUUUCCAAGACAUCGAACUUGCAGAGUAAACCCAUGAUGGCUGCUUCUGGAGAUACACUUCCUACGUUGAGGAGGAGGAUGUAAGUGUUGCACAUGGCCCUAGCCAGCAGCCACACGAUGAGCAGGCUCAGCUUCACCCUCCUGGGGGUCAGCACCCUGAGGUAAUGAAUGGCAUGACAUAUGUACAGGUACCUUUCCACUGCCAUGAGGGUCAAGGUGGACAUGGUGUUAAAUAUGCAGAUGGUUCCGAUGAAGAACUCCACCUGGCACCAGAACCUGAGCAGGAUCGUGUGUUGGUUGAUCAGGCAGUGAAGCACAGAGGGCACCGAGGUGACAGUUAGGAGAGUGUCGCUCCCUGCCAGGUUAAUCAGCAGAAUGAAUCGGGGCUGCUAGUAAAGAUCCUCUGAUUGCAAUAAAGCCAAAAGCGUGGAGCCAUUAACCGUCAAGGACAAGCAGUAAACGGAGAAGACAGCUGACGCUGACGUCCGAGGGCUAAAUAACCAUGAACUUGCGUCUGGUUUGGUCCAGGGUUGCUCCACUCCUUAUAGAGUUGUCAGCUCUAGCAGUCACAUUUGCAGUGACUACAAAAUCCAUUGCUUCUUUUUUUUUCUUCUUGAUCUUAUUUGUUAUUUUUAUUUAAGCGUCAUUUAGAUUUAGAUUAACCUUGAUCUUCCUUUUUAAAAAAAAUUAAAUAAAAAAUGACUUCAGUC